AUGUGGAUUUAAUCGGCCACUGAAUAGCAGAAAAUCUUAAUAAACUGAUUUCUGAUAUGAGUUUUAGUUAGUUUAUCGGUUCUUAAAAGUCCAUAACUAGUCAAAAUUAUGCAUAUUAUUACGCUGUAAAUAGCUAAAUAGUUUUUAUAAUCAAAAUUUUCCUCUUUUACGCGCAAUUUGUAUGAUUUCCGACUGUGCUGGUGCAGUCUUUGAAGGCAGCAGCAGCUUCCAGUCCUGAUCGGGUCUGGACUCUGGAAGUUGGACGACGUCAAUAGGACAGAGGACACUGUCCCAGCCCUCAGAGGAGCGGAGCAGAGGCGGCGCGCUGCUCCCAACUCGGGACGUUUUAAUCUUUUGCGCAUUUUCGGCAUGUUUCCGCGCGUAAAGGCGCACUGAGUGAGGUGGAUCUGGGCUUCAGGGCGGCUGAGGAAGAGGAGCGAGAUGUUGGCCAGGAAAAGCAUCAUCCCGGAGGAGUUCGGGCUGCCGGGUCUCGCCUCCCGGCUGCCGCGGAAGCCGGUGUUCCGGGACCGCGUGAACAAGGCGCGCUUCAUCGCCAAGAACGGCUCGUGCAACUUGGCGCACAAGAACAUCCGCGAGCAGGGCCGCUUCCUGCAGGACGUCUUCACCACGCUGGUGGACCUGAAAUGGCGCUUCACGCUCGUCAUCUUCACCACGACCUUCGUGAGCAGCUGGCUGCUGUUCGCGAUGAGCUGGUGGCUGGUGGCCUUUGCGCACGGAGACAUGGACCCGGCGCGGAAAAACGAGACCCACUGCGUCACCGACGUCGAGUCGUUUAUCUCAGCCUUCCUGUUCUCCAUCGAGGUUCAGGUGACCAUCGGCUUUGGAGGUCGGAUGAUAACGGAGCACUGCCUGGCGGCCAUUACUGUCCUCAUCUUGCAGAACAUAGUGGGACUCAUCAUCAACGCCGUCAUGCUAGGCUGCAUCUUUAUGAAGACGGCUCAGUCGAACCGCCGAGCGGAGACGUUGAUCUUUAGCCGUCACGCCGUUAUCGCCGUGAGGAACAACCGUCUGUGCUUCAUGAUUCGCAUUGGAGAUCUGAGGAAGAGCAUGAUUAUUGGAGCAACCGUCAGAUUACAGGUGGUGAGGAAGACGACGACUCCAGAGGGCGAGAUAAUCCCCAUCCAUCAGAUCGACGUUCAGACUGAGAGCGCCGUCGCCAGCAACAGCCUGUUCCUCCUGGCGCCGCUCAUCAUCUGCCACGUCAUCGACAAAAACAGCCCGCUGUACGACCUUUCGGCCAUGGAGCUGCAGUGCAGCGACCUGGAGGUGAUCGUCAUCCUGGAGGGAGUCGUGGAGACGACGGGCAUCACCACCCAGGCCCGGACCUCCUACGUCUCUGAGGAGAUCCAGUGGGGCCACCGCUUCGUUCCCAUCGUUACGGAGGAGGAGGGCGUGUACUCCGUGGACUACUCCAAGUUCGGCAAUACGGUUAAAGUGAGCACGCCCAGCUGCAGCGCCCGGGAGCUGGACGAGAAGCCGUACAUCCUGAUCCAGACGCUGCAGAAGAGCGAGCUGUCGCACCAGAACUCCCUCAGGAAGCGGAACUCCAUGAGGCGCAACAACUCCAUGCGGAAAGGCGGCGGCGGCGGCGGCAGCCUGCGCAGGAACAACUCCGGGCUGGUUCCGCCCAAAGUGCAGUUCUUCACCCCGGCGGAGGGCGGCCAGAGCCUGAACGCCGUCACCUGACAUGAGGCCUUCCUCCUGCAGGGUGCGCUGUUCCUCCUGGCCGGGACCAGGACUGUUUCUCUGGCGGGACUCCUCCUGCUCCUGCUCCCCGCCUCAACGCGACUCGUGUCUCAGUGCGUCUGUUGUUGUUGUUAUUACUGUUAUUAUCUUCAUUAGCAGGUGAUUGCACUGACACACACACACACACACCUGUAUGGGAUGUUUGGUAGCACUGUGUUUCACUGACAUAACAGCUGUUAUGAACAUGAAGGAGUCUUGAUGAAUGUUUAUAACUGUAGUGUCGUUUGGUAAAUAAUGACACUUUUAAUGCAGGUUUUAGUGCAACUUUGAAACUUUAAAAGUUUCAUUAUUUAUCGACUGGAUGCUUUAUGUCAACAGUUAUCAACAUUCAUAAAGACUCCUUCAUGUUUCUGAUGCUUUAUGUCAGUAUUCUUCACUCCUUCUCAUGAAGUGCUACCGGAUGUUUUCUCAGAACAAAACCAUGUAAAUAAUAUCAAGCAGCACUUUAUGUUCAGAAAAUAUUAAUUUGCACAACAAUGCUCAUCAGAAUGCUUAUCCAAGUAGAAAUAACUGCUAGUUUAGGCUCAAACGGCGUCAUUCUAUAUCUCAUAUCUCAUAUUUCAUUUCUCUGACUUGUUCAAAGUGUUUCUGCUUCCUGGAUGUGCAGACAUGCAGGUUCUUUCUCAUCCUUUAACAGUAAUUAUUACGAGCCAAUCACUAAUGUUCUGUGUUUUUGUGUUUGACAAUAAAUGCACCAACUUGUUAUGAA